AUGGAAUGCAAUAAGGAGGAAGCUAAAAGAGCAAUGGAUAUUGCAGAGAGGAAAAUUUCAGAGAAGGAUUACGUCGGAGCCAAGAAAUUCGUUACCAAGGCUCAGCGUUUGUAUCCGAAGCUCGAUGGUUUGGAACAAAUUUCGGUGAUGAUCGAUGUUAAUGUCUCUGCAUCGAACAAGAACAUCGGAGGAGAAUCAGAUUGGUAUGGAAGACUCGGAUUAGACCCUAAAGCUGACGACCAAACAGUGAAGAAACGUUACAAGAAGUUGGCACUUCUGCUUCAUCCGGACAAGAACAGGUUUCGUGGAGCGGAAGACUUGUGUAAGCUGGUUUUAGCUGCUUGGUCUCUGUUGUCUGACAAGGCUAAGAGACUUGCGUAUGAUGAGAAGCGGAAAUCGCAAGAAGCUAAACCGAAAAAGAGAGAAGCAAAGCCGCCACAGCAACAACAGUGGAGAGACAAUUCUCAAGCAACAAACAAAAAAAGAAACAGUGAUGCUUCUUCUACUCGUGAAGCAGAGAGGCUUUUCAAGAAAACAAGAAAUCCAUUCUCUAAACCUGAAGCAGAGAGGGUUUUCAAGAGACCGACUGUUGAUCUGAACUCUACUCGUGAAGCAGAGAGGCUUUUCAAGACAACAAGAAAUCCAUUCUCUAAUCCUGAAGCAGAUAGGGUUUUCAAGACACCAAUGACAGCGGGAGAUCCAAACUCUACCGCCGAGGCCCAGAGGCUUUUCAAGAGACCACUGUGA